CUUAUUUUUUUCCUCAAGUCAAAAAGUUCAUAGAUGAAGCAAACUCCACAACUAGCGACUAUCCCUGUUACUUCAAUUGUCCCCAAAUCCCCACAACCGCCAUACAUGACAUAGCACAAAAAACUCUGUGUUUUGGACAGGAUUCUCAUCCUGUCUAUGUUUAUAUAUAUCUGUACAUAAAAAAAAAGGGGUUUUUUUUCAUACUUCAACCAAAAAAAAAAAAAAAAACCAAAAUUGUUACAUAGUUCAUUCAGAUUAAGUGAUGGCAAAUCAAGAAUUGCAACUACAAACCCUAAACUCAACUAUAAUCCCUGGUUUACCAAAUGAUUUAGCAUCACUAAUACUAGUUUUCAUUCCUUAUUCUCAUCAUUCACGUCUUAAAAUCAUUUGUAAAUCAUGGAACCAUUUUUUCUCAUCAAAAUCCAUCAUUUCUCUAAGAAAAAAACACUUCACAUCACCUUUAAUUUGUGUUUUCCCACAAGACCCUUUAAUUUCUUCACCUUAUCUAUUUGACCCCAUAAAUCUUGCUUGGUGUUCACUUCCACCUAUGCCUUGUAACCCUUAUGUGUAUGGUCUUUGUAAUUUUACUUCAAUUUGUGUUGGUUCUUACUUGUAUGUGUUAGGUGGUUCACUAUUUGAUUCAAGGUCUUACCCUCUUGAUUAUCCAUGUCCUUCAUCAUCUGUGUUUAGGUUUGAUUUUGUGAGUUUUUCUUGGGAAUCUUUAUCACCUAUGAUCAACCCGAGGGGUAGUUUCGCGUGUGCUGCGACGCGUAGCAUGGAUAGGAUUGUAGUGGCGGGUGGUGGGUCGCGACAUACGAUGUUUGGGGCAGCGGGUAGUAGGAUGAGUUCAGUGGAAAUGUAUGAUAUUGGGAAAGAUGAGUGGGUCCCGUUGGACGGGUUGCCUAGGUUUAGAGCAGGGUGUGUCGGGUUUUUCGUUGGGAAUGGGGAGGAGAGGGAUGAGUUUUGGGUGAUGGGUGGGUAUGGCGAGUCAAGGACAGUGUCGCGUGUGUUUCCUGUGGAUCAGUAUUAUAGGGAUGUUGUAGUGAUGGAAAUGAUGAAUGGUAGUGGUGGUAAGUGGAGGGAGCUUGGGGAUAUGUGGGCAGAAGGGGAAAGGUGGAGGCUUGGAAAGAUUGUCGUGGUUGAAGAAGAUGAGCGUUCGGACGUUCCUGCAGUUUUCAUGCUCGACCGAGGUGAUAUUUUCAGGUAUAAAAUGGCUUCCAACAGUUGGAUAAAGGAAACAAGUUUGCCAAGGAAAACAUCUGAUGAAGCAUCAUUUGGCUUUGUUGCAUUGGAUGGGGAGCUGCAUGUGAUGACUCAUCUAAGUGGGUUUAAAUUAAAGGAGUGCCAAAGAUUAAGAAGGCAGAAAAGGUCAGCAAAUAUGCCAGCAACUAUUCUUAUACAAAUAUACCAUCCUAGGAAGAAGUCAUGGAGGUCUGUCACUACAAAGCCACCUUUUCAUCACCCUUUGGAUUUCAAAACUGCAAUUAUGUGCACCAUUCGUCUGUAGAUUUAUAUUGUUCCGUUGGUGUGCCUAUGAAGCAGUUAUUUGGUUUAGUAGAUUCUCCUACUUAUUGUGAAUGGUAUUGUAUAGCUUCCAUUGACAUGUUCUUAUUGUCAGAAUUAGUGCUGUAAAUGCUUAACUGUAAUAAAUGUAACUCUUCUAAUCUCUA